UAGAGACAUCCGUGUACAAUACACAUAUUGUUCAGUAGCUAAAUGUUCGACAUUGUCAGGCACUGAGUCGUCAGUUAUAGGGGAUACAGAUUUGGACCUUUUAUUUGUCUUACAAGUUAGUGAAAUUUCUCUUUUACUGGAGUUAUUGGCCAUGAUUUGAGGAUGGGUGAGCAUAGUGCUCGUUAAAUUAAAUAUAAUAUCUGGGUAUUAGUCAUUAUUAAGUAUUAACCUGGGUAAUACUAGGAUUAGAGACUAUGAGUAUAUAAUAAAUUGUAGAUCUAUUUAAGACUUAAGUCUGCAAUAGGUACAAUACGAGCUCGUAAUUGUCCGUCGAAUAAAAAAAAUUAUUUUUAUUUUUAGGGUAAGAUGUACCCGAUGUACAGGACAGGAUGAUAAUCACAGUAUAAUACACCCUACAAAAGAGCAAGUCGAAGAAUUCCUAAACCACGUGAAAAAAUGUCACCACUUUCAGUUUUCUCAACUGAUGGGCGAUCAUAUUUAACUCGGAACGAGCUCGAUAAGGAAAUCCGAGAUGAAGUUGAAGCACAUUCUGGUAGAAUUACACUUACAGAACUAGCAUCAAAUCUUGAUGUGGAUUUCGAUAUCAUUGAAUCAAGAGUCACUGAAUUGAUAACCUUAGAUGCACAAAACAAAUCGCCUUGUCGUUUGAUCAGUAUACCUAGUGAAGUUGUCAACAGUUCAUAUGUUCGACGCGUAGCUCAUGAAAUACUUGAUCGACUAGAAGAGCAUGGCCAGACUAGUAUUGGUGAACUAACUGUCAUCUUUAAUCUGCCUACAACAUUCUUAUCGAGUAUUAUGCAAGAGUAUCAAAGUACUUUAUUUCAUGUACAUAAAUAUGGUGAGAAGUACUUUACAGAUACUUUCCUUAAUGCUACUAAGGCGAAAAUUCGAGGUUAUUUUACAGGUGUUAUCCGUCCUGUUACUUUAAGUUCAGUUGCUUCAAAGCUUCAAGUUCCUGAAAAUUUAAUCAAUAGUAUUGUUAGGCUUUCUGUAUUCGAGAAAGAAGCUCUAUCACUCGGAUUUAAUUUCUCCGUUGCACAUACCAAGAUUUCUGAUCUGUCGAUAGAUGCUCAAUUUGAAAAUCUUUAUGAUCAGUUGAACCCUCUUGUCCCAACCACCCUGGAUAGGAAAAAUUGGUUAAAGGUGAAAUUGGUUGACGUUGCCCACCACUUUCACGGAUCUCAAGUCAGACAAAGAAGUAUUUUGACUCCUAAACAUUCCGCUGCGUUAAAAAACCUCCAAAGUAGGUCAGAUAUUGUGAUCCUCAGACCUGACAAAAGUUCUGGGGUGGUCGUUAUCAAUAAAUGUGAAUAUAAAGACAAAAUGUUAUCUAUACUGGGUGAUCAAAGUAAAUUCUUACAGGACGUUUCUUCUAAUAUUAAUGUUAGAAAAUUGGAAUCCAGAGUGAAGUCCAAUCUAUUAAAGCUUCUUAAAAUGAAC